AUGCGAAAGUGCUUCAGCACAUGCGCGCCAGUCUUCAGCCAUGAGAACCCACUAGGACUCCCCCGGGCGCCGUCGUCUCGCUCGACGCAAGGACCUCCUCCCCAGCUUCCACGGGCUCAGCGCGGACUUCCUGAAAAACGGCGACUGCGCAAUGUCUCUCACACGAUCGCGGUCUCCAGCGCCAAAGGCGGCGUGGGCAAAUCCACAUUGGCCGUGAACCUGGCACUCGCCUUAUCACGGCACGGCUUCCGCAGCGGCAUUCUCGACACGGACAUCUUCGGGCCCUCGAUCCCGACGUUGCUCGGGCUCAGCAACGCAGGGGAGCCGAAGCUGACGCCUUCCAACAUGCUGGUGCCCUUGACCAGCUAUGGCUUGAAGAGCAUGAGCAUGGGAUACCUGCUGCCGAGUGAAUCGGCCCCGGUGGCCUGGCGCGGACUCAUGGUCAUGAAGGCGCUCCAGCAGCUGCUGCACGAGGUGGACUGGGCCACAGGCCAGCCCGGCCUGGAUGUGCUGGUGCUCGACCUGCCGCCGGGCACGGGCGACGUGCAGCUGACCAUCGGGCAGCAGGUCCAGCUCGACGGAGCCGUGGUGGUGUCGACCCCGCAGGACAUUGCGCUCAAGGACGCCGUCAAGGGCGUGCAAAUGUUCCGCAAGAUGAACAUCCCCGUGCUCGGUAUGGUCCAGAACAUGAGCGUCUUUGUCUGUCCGCACUGCCAUCAAGAGACGCACAUCUUUGCCCACUCACCCUCACCAUCCAUCGACGACGACGGGCCCAAGGCCCACGGCACUGGCACUGGUGGUCUGGGCGGCGCAGAGGCCAAAGCGAACGACCUCGGCGUCGACUUCCUCGGCGAUGUUCCGCUCGACCCCCAAAUCUGCGCCGACGCCGAUCGAGGCGUGCCCACCGUCGUCGCCGAGGAGGCAGCCGGCAUCAAGGUCAAUUCGGCCUACUACGAACGCAUCGCGGAGAAGGUCGCAACAAAGAUCGGGCUCUCCUGGUCCUGA